GGCUGGAGCUGGUCAGACAGCGGCACAGGGAGCCCGGGAGUAGGUAGGAUCAGGGCUUCUCAGGAUGGAUGUCACUCGCCUGCUCCUGGCCACCCUAGUGGGCUUCUUAUGCUUCCUUACCGUCUACAGUCACCUGGGACCCGAGGAGACGCUCAGCGAUGACCGGAGUCUGAGAAGCAACUCCUCUGUGAACUCGUUGGAUUUCUCUUCAGUUUCGAUAGUGGCACUGAACAAGAAAUCCAAGAGGAUCAGCAGAAAAGAAGCCGAGAAACGGAAGAGAUCGUCCAAGAUGAACGCUUCGCUAAAGAAGGAGGCACGGCCCCCGCCACCCACGCCCUGCGUGGCCACCCGAGACAGCUGCAAGCCGCCUGCGCCCGCCUGCUGCGACCCAUGCGCCUCCUGCCAGUGCCGCUUCUUCCGCAGCGCCUGCACCUGCCGCGUACUCAACCCCUACUGCUGAACCCGCUUCCGUGCUGCGCGCGCAGCAUCCGGGGGUGGGUGACUGGGCGGGGCUUCAGGGUCAGCGUGGCUUCCAGGCUGAGGGCCGGUUUCUGGUGGGUGGGCAUGGCCUGUGGUUGUAGGUGCUGGGUGCUUUCCGAAGACAGAUUUUCUAGGAAUCCUAAUGGAGGCUAAAAUCAGAAUACAGUAUCUUUAGGCUGCUGGGAAAACGUGGCUGUUUCUUUAAAAGAGCCGAAAGCUUCAGACCCCUUUACCGAGCUCUGGUCCUUGCGGGGACCUCGAGGACUGAGCUCGCUCCGCUCUCCAGCCGGUAGGGAAACUUGCGCGUGGUUAGUACCUCUGUCUCACGUAGUGAAGACGAUGCUGGCCGACUCCUUCCAGCCUUCCGGUACCGGCUGCCUCCGGACCAGGACAAAGGAACCA